AUGACACCACGUGGGCAUCAUCAGCAUCAGCAUCGCCAUCCGCACAUACGCCAUACGGGGAAAAGACUCCGUCACUUUUUGAAGCCUGAUGGGAGAAAGGUGCAUAUUGCAAGCUCACCCGACGAGGCAGAUCUAUUCAACAAGGCGCGGAGCUCUAUGAGUCAAGAUGACUUUGAUCUGGUUAUUCUUGGGAGCCCUGAACAUAUUGAAGCGCUUCGCGGUACACACGCAUACCACGAGGAACGCUACAAGAAGCUGAAAGCAGAGAACGGGGAUUUAGCUCAAGAAUUUGAGCGCGUAAUCCGUGAGCUAGACGUAAUGUCCGCCGAGUUGCACAUGGUCAGCGCACACGCAGUUCAACUCGACGCCAACUUCUCCAAAUACGGCUAUUCGGCUCAUCUGCGUACCAAGGAGGAACCAGACGACCCAGUCUCAUCAGACGAACCUGCCUUUGAGAACGAGGCAUGGGACGCAGAGCGCAAACACGGCUCGACGAUGCGUUUCUACCAAAAGCCGAUUGUAAGGCAGUAUUUCCAUAAGGGCCUGCUUUGGCGCGCAAAGGAGGCACAGGAAGUCGCUUCGUACGAGCUCUUCAUUGAUCUCUUUUACGUCGGCAUCAUAGCCAUCGCGGGCGACACGGCCGCCGAGCAUCCGACUGGAGAGAGUCUACUACGUUUCGCCAUUACCUUUAUCAUGGGCUGGAAAUUCUGGGGCGAUAUUGGCUUACUGAUGUCAUGGUUUGACUCAGACGACGUUCUACGGCGCUGCUCGGUGCUCUUCAUACUGACUUGUCUUCUUGGCUUCACGACGAACAUGGCCUCGGCAUUCGAACAGACGUAUACACCUCUUGUUGCUUUCUAUCUCGCCGCGCGUCUCUUCAUGACGACAAGUAUGUUUUGGUACGCCUGGAGCAUUCCCAUGGUACGCGGUAGCAUGAUCGGCAAUGGUGUUAUAUCGCUGAUCCCGGCCGCAUUGUGGAUCGGGAGUAUACACAUCGAGGCUCCCGCGAAUCAGGGACUCAUUUGGGUAGCCAUUCUGUUCGACCUGUUUGGCAACUCUAUCAUGAUCUUCUUUCAACGUGCGGGUCCCACUAGGGCGAAGCUCAUUCCAAACAAGAUGAAAGAGAGCCUGGAAUUCUUUCCCGGAACGAAUAUCGAGCAUAGGAUUGAGCGUACGAACGCUUUCGUCACGCUGGUAUUCGGAUCUUGCGUCUUGGGCUUACUGUAUCAGAGCCAUGUGGAGAUGGGCAUCAAUGCCUUCUUUGGUAAAGCGGUGCUGGGUUUGAUCCAGGCGUUCGUGUUCAACUGGAUCUACUUCGAAAUCGACUCGUUUAAUCUGCACACUCAUGCCAUCAGAAGGCAUGUUUUCUCUGCGCUGACGUGGUUUUCCAUACACCUCCCCUUCGUUAUGUCCUUUGUCCUCUCUGCCUCCGCCCUUGCAGUCCUCGUCCGCGCCCACGACUGCCCGGAUGCACCUCUUGAAUCUCUUUUCGAGACCUUCAUUCCCCGUUCGGAAGAUCAUAUCACACAAGGUUUGAGAUGGUUCUACUGCGGCGGCCUGGGCAUCUCGCUCUUCUGCCUCUCCGUCAUCUCGUUCACGCACACGCACCGCAAUAUACCCAACCAACGACUUCGCAAGGUGACGCGCUUGUUGUUCCGUGUUGCCGUAUCCAUCGUCAUAGUUUCCCUUGCCAGGGCAGACUUCAAUAGUUUGCAACUAGUGGCCUCGACAACGGGGCUGAUGGUUUGUGUACUGAUAGUCGAGUUGGUGGGCAUGUCGUGCUGGGGCGAGAACAUUUUCUGGGAGGAGAAAUGCACACGGGAUAGACCUAGCUAUGAAGCUAACUGUAGGGUUAGGAGGGAAGAAAUAGACAAGAGUGUGAAGGACGGGACUGUGUUGAAUGUUGAGGAGAUUGCUAGACGGGAGGGUGGAGAAAAGGGCGGUGUCGCGACUGUGUAA